AUGAAAGCAUUAUGCUUCAGUCGUCAAUUCCCGCAUAAAUCUGACAUGAAAAGCCCUCAAAAAUCUAGGCAAAUUGCAUUACGCUUAUCUAAUGAUAUACGUCCCAGUACGUCCUCCAUAGUUGUAAGAGCGACAAGCCAUCAUGGAAAUUCAAAAGUGUUGUUAUUUCAAACCACAACCAGUGAUAUUAAUAAAAGCGAAAAGCAACAAGAGCUCUCAAUAAUGUUAAUCUCUGGAUUAAUGCAAAAUGUUUGUAAAUCGGAACUUCCACCUCAAAGCUUCUCCAAUUACUCUUGA